UUUUUCAGCUACACUAAUCUUUUAAAAGAGAAAAAAUGGAUUUCUUAAACUCCUCUGACCAAAAUUUGACCUCUGAGGAACUGUUAAACAGAAUGCCAUCCAAAAUUCUUGUGUCCCUCACUCUCUCUGGGCUGGCUCUGAUGACAACAACUAUCAACUCCCUUGUGAUUGCUGCGAUUAUCGUGACCCGGAAGCUGCACCACCCAGCCAACUAUUUAAUUUGCUCCCUUGCAGUCACAGAUUUCCUUGUCGCUGUCCUGGUGAUGCCUUUCAGCAUUGUGUAUAUUGUGAGAGAGAGCUGGAUUAUGGGGCAAGUGGUCUGUGACAUUUGGCUGAGUGUGGACAUUACCUGCUGCACGUGUUCCAUCUUGCACCUUUCAGCUAUAGCUUUGGAUCGGUAUCGGGCGAUCACAGAUGCUGUUGAAUAUGCCAGGAAGAGGACUCCCAAGCGUGCUGGAAUUAUGAUUACGGUGGUGUGGAUCAUAUCUGUCUUCAUCUCUAUGCCUCCUCUAUUCUGGAGGCACCAGGGAACUAGCCGAGAUGAUGAGUGUGUCAUCAAACACGACCACAUUGUUUCCACUAUUUACUCAACGUUCGGAGCUUUCUACAUUCCAUUAGCAUUAAUUUUGAUCCUCUACUACAAAAUAUAUAGAGCAGCAAAGACACUAUACCACAAGAGACAAGCGAGUAGGAUUGCCAAGGAGGAACUGAACGGCCAAGUUCUUUUGGAGAGCGGCGAGAAAAGCACUAGACUGGUCUCCACACCCUACUUGCUAGAAAAAUCUUUAUCUGACCCAUCCACAGACUUUGAGAAAAUUCAUAGUACAGUGAAAAGUCCCAGAUCAGAAUUCAAACAUGAGAAAUCUUGGAGAAGGCAAAAGAUCUCAGGCACAAGAGAACGCAAAGCAGCUACUACCCUGGGAUUGAUCUUGGGUGCAUUUGUAAUAUGUUGGCUUCCUUUUUUUGUAAAAGAAUUGGUUGUUAAUGUUUGUGAAAAAUGUAAAAUUUCUGAAGAAGUGUCAAAUUUUUUGACAUGGCUUGGCUAUCUCAAUUCCCUUAUAAAUCCACUGAUUUACACAAUCUUUAAUGAAGACUUUAAGAAAGCAUUUCAAAAACUCGUGCGAUGUCAGUGUUAAAGUUCAUUAUUAAAGAGAAAGGUUUUGGGGUUAUUUUUG